GCAGCCGUGACGUCACUCGUCAAACCAGUGCAUUGAGUUGGCUAGUGCACGGGGCUCAAAUCGCUGUGGAGAGAUCCCACGAAGUUGGAGGUUCCCUGGAGCUACGAACUGAUUUAAAUUUCCGACCUCUUUGGACGCGAAAAGGGCAAGGCAGAGGGUUGCCGUGGACCUAUACGCUCACCCUUCCCUUGGUCCGAACCACCAGGAGUUAUACCAAGAGGGACUCGAUGAAAGAUGACAGAGGAGGUGAUUGUUAUAGCCAAGUGGGACUACACGGCCCAGCAGGACCAGGAACUUGACAUCCGGAAAAACGAGCGCCUGUGGCUCAUCGACGACUCCAAGACGUGGUGGCGCGUCCGCAACGCCUCCAACCGCACCGGCUACGUGCCCUCCAACUACGUGGAGCGCAAGAACAGCCUGAAGAAGGGCGGCUCGCUGGUCAAGAACCUCAAAGACACACUGGGCCUUGGUAAGACUCGGCGGAAGACCAGUGCCUCGCCCACCCCCAGCACAGACUCGGAGUACCCCUCCAAUGGCGGCAGCAGUAGUGGUGGUGGCGGUGGAGGAGGAGGGGGCUCGGGCACGCUGGGCGCAGGGGCGGAGCGCGUCUACGACCUCAGCAUCCCGGCCGUGGUCAAGUUCUCCUACGCGGCGGAGCGGGAGGACGAGCUUACCCUGGUGAAGGGGGCACGUGUGGUGGUGAUGGAGAAGUGCAGUGACGGCUGGUGGCGUGGCAGCUACGCGGGCCGCAUCGGCUGGUUCCCCUCCAACUACGUCCAGGAGGAGCCCAUCGGCGGCGGCGGAGCUUUCGACGGAGGCGACCUGGGCUACGGCGGCUAUGGCACCCACCGGGCGGCCACCGCCUCGAGCUCCCUGUCCUCAGGGGCCAUCGUGUCCAAUGGCUGGGCCACCACGAGUGGUGGCGGAGGCCGGGGGAGCGGUAGUCGUGGCGGCGGCGGCGCCCUCCACAUCGUCCAGACGCUCUACCCCUUCAGCUCCAUGACGGAGGAGGAGCUGAACUUCGAGAAGGGCGAGACCAUGGAGGUGCUGGAGAAGCCCGAGAACGACCCCGAGUGGUGGCGCUGCCGCAACGCCCGCGGCCUGGUGGGCCUGGUGCCCAAGAACUAUGUGGCCGUGUUGAGCGACGGGCACCCCGGGGCCGGGGGUGGACCGGACGUGGUGGCCACAUCGUCCGCCGUGGCAGCCGUGCGGGGGUACCACACUCUGGGAGGGGUGGGCAUAGGAGGAGGAGGUGGAUCCAGGCCCGGGUCGCCGUACCUGGGCAGCACGGCCCACCUGGGGCCCUCACGCACGGGCAAGUUUGCGGGCAAGGACUGGUACUACGGCGGCGUGACGCGGCUCCAGGCGGAGUGCGUGCUGAACGAGCGGGGAGAGGAGGGAGACUUCCUGGUGCGGGACAGCGAGUCGUCGCCUAGUGACUUCUCGGUGUCGCUGAAGGCGGAGGGCAAGAACAAGCACUUCAAGGUGCAGAUGCUGGACGGCCUGUACUGCAUCGGGCAGCGGCGCUUCGGCAGCAUGGAGGAGCUGCUGGAACACUACAAGAGGGCGCCCAUCUUCACCAGCGAGCACGGGGACAAGCUCUACCUGGUCAAGCCCCUCGCCUGAGACACUUACACCAUCCACCCAGUACCCACAACACCCACCCCAACCAGAACAGACACCCAGUACACACAACACCCACCCUAACCAGAACAGACACCCAGUACCCACACAACACCCACCCUAACCAGAACAGACACCCAGUACCCACCCUAACCAGAACAGACACCCAGUACCCACAACACCCAGCCCAACCAGAACAACCACUCAGUACCCACAGCAACUACCCCAACACAGAUUCCCCACACCUCACCCCAUCUUCAACAGCCAGAGAGUACGGAGGCGAGCUCUACCUGGUCAAGCCCCUCGCCUGAAACAGCCCCCAGCCCAAUACUCUACAACCCACAAUCCAAAACACUAAUACCCAAACCGAGCACUCCCACUCCAUCUUCACCAGUGAACAUGCAUCAUGUCAGUGAGCAUGGAGACAACCACCACCCCCUCCACCACAGAUCCCCCAAUAUUGACCCCGCGCCCACCCCAUCUACACACCAGCGAGUGCAGAGACCAGACGAGCUCUACCUGGUCAAACGUUGACCCGCACAACCAGGACUGAACAGCCAACACUAAACCUCCAAGACCACGCCCAAGCUCCAACACUUGUCCCACAUCUAGCCAAGCCCCUGACUAAUUUGCUAAUUCAGUGGUGGCGUGAUAUAUUGCAAACAUUGAUAUGUCCCCCCCCACCUCCCAUCCUCCCAUCGCCACUCUCCCUUCAUCACUAGCCAAACACUGAUCCUACACCUCUCUCCAUCCAUUUUCACCAGCGAGCACGGGGGGGCCUGGUCAAACCUCUGGCCUGAAGCAUUCCGAACACCAGUCCCCUCAAAAAAAGGAUAACUAACCCCAUCACAUCCCCAAUCCCUAUCGAUACUAACCCCGUUAUACCCCAAUCACCCCAUCCCCAAGCACUGAAAUCACCAACAUUUGAACCUAUAUUCCCUUGUGAAAACAGGGAACAAUCUCUUCCUGGUCAACGCUUCAGCCCUACCCACACCAAACACACUUCCAGUCAAGUCCACUGCCACCAUACUCUGUCGAUCAUUGGCCUUACUGUACCACUCUCCCUACCUGCUCCCCGUCUCUCUUUUCCUCCCCCUUCCUUUCUUUCAUCAUCUUCCUCCUCCUCAUCAUCAUCACUGUUCUUCCCUCUCCCCCACCUCAUCAUCUUCCUCCUCCUCCUCUGUGUCCUCCUCUUCAUCUUCUUUCUCUAGUCCUCUCCUUUUCUUCUGUCCAUUUUCCUUUUUCACCCCUUUGCAUAUGUUCCACUGGUCAGACUCUGAAGGUCCCAAACAAAUCUGCUGAGGCCUCUACUAGGGAAACGCCUCCCCUGACCACUACCCUACCACACCCCCCCAAACAGGAGAGACCCCUGGGAAUCCCUUAUGUCAAGCCAUUACCAGUGGACUUGUCUGAAAGGGGGAAAACUUUUUUGAGGCUGACAUCUGCUCCUGUCGUUUGAUUUUUAUUAUUUUUUUAAUUUAAACUGUCAAAAGAUGCCUGUUCUGUCUUGUCAUUUUUUGUUUGUCUGUUUGUUUGUUUGUUUUUUUUUUUUUCCCAAAGUCUUAGCUUACAACUCACAGACCUGUGACACCCUGCCUUCACAAAGUGACCGUUGUCAGCGCUCUCUCUCUCUCUGCCUUGGCAUUGGGGAGCCACCUAGUCUUCUCUCCUGUCAUGUGUGUGUAUGUGUGUUCUCUGAUGAGUUUCUUUAAAAAAAAAAAUUCUGUAAUUUGUUUUGUUUUUUUACUUUUGUGUUUGUUUUUAAAAUUGUUAAUAUUCUGAACACCUGCUGAAUCACACUCUGUUUGUGCCAUUGAUAGAGAGAGAGUGAGCGAGAGAAAGAGAGGUUGUGUGAGUGAAUGGGUGGGUGGGUGAGAGAGGCAGUGUGUUUGUGUUCAAGAGCGAGAGCGAGAACGAGAGAGAGAAUGCCUAUGACCGAGAGAGAGAAAACGAAAAUGUAUGUGUGUUUAUGAUUAUGUGUGUGUGAGAAAGUACAUGCUGAAACCGAUGCUGACUUGGCUUGGCUCAUGGCUGAAGUUUGCCAUGGCUGGCUUGGAGGGUUUCAUACAGCCACCAUGAAUGAAAUGGAUUUUUGCAUUAAUGGAGCGCUAAAUUUAAAACCAUGAUGGUGCUCUGUGUCAACUCGCAAGAACAAAUGAGCUCAUGGAUGACGGAAAGCCCCAGCCAACAGACUUUUGUUUUGUUUUGACAGUGGGAGAAAUACAUGGUUGGGGAACACAUCCCCUCAGGACACUUUGAGUUAUGAUGAUUAUUAUUAUUAUGGAGAAAGACCAAUGACAAAGGAGACCUCUUGCAGCUCAGCAAUGAAAGAAUGUCUGUCAACCUACAACCGUAUGUGCCAGCCAUUUUGAGUACUGCUAAAACUAUUGAUUCACACACACACACACACACACACACACACACA